AUGGUCUGGUCUUUUACGAAUUUUCUUGAGAUUAAAGCGAAAAAUAACUUUGAAGGCUUAAAGAUUGCUUCAUCAUUUACUAAGAAGGCCAAAGAUGUCAUUGAUCCUCGCACAAACAAAACCAUGGUGAAUGUCAUGUGGCCACCCACAAAGCAAGCCAAAAGGAUUCCACUUCCUAAACGCUUACCUGAAGGCACUUUGGAUAAAAUACAAUUCUGGGUUUAUGAUGAGGCUACUACAACUGUGGUGAUCAAGCUGAAGAAAAACCAAUUUCGUAUUGUUGAUCCCAAAGAUUUAUUGAAGUUUGGAGAACGUGAUAUCCGCCCUUUGUUAAACUUUCAAAUAAUUGCUGAGAAUGAACUAUUUGAAGCUGCCACAAAAGCCUUCACUAGAAUGGUAGCUACAAUAAUUGACAAGAAGCUGUGGGAAGCGCUUUUGACUAAGCAGAUGUGCAUCUCGUAG